AUUUUGACUACUAACUGCAUCCUUUGUGCCGGCAGAUCGAGCACUUUCUGUCAGGUGCCCUCGACGCCCUCUGCGCAUCGUCGAUCAGGCGCAAGAGCAACAGGAACGAUCUCUCCGUGAGCUAGGCGCUGCCUAUUCUUACGACCUGGAGCCCCUCGUCAUCGGGCUGGAUCUGGGGUAAGAGCAAAGUCGGUAUAAGACCCCCGCAUCGACCUCCAUCCUCGACUCUUUUCCCCAUCAACCUCAACUGGGAUAAUCAGGAGCCUCCUUCCCCCUUUGCUCUUCGUCCCAGCCACCACCCUCCUCCCUCUUCCUCACCCUCAACCUCGCCCCCCCUUACUUCAUUCGACAUGCCUGCCGCCGUUGACACUACCCAGGCCGCCGAGGUCGCCAGGAUCGACGACAAGGCGCAAGCCAAGAUCGCUAGCCAGGUCGAGGACUACAAUGCCCUCGUUCACGACGCCGCCGCCGUCAUGGAGGAGGAGCACGGCAUGACCCUCUGGCAGACGAUCAAGGACCACCCCACCGCGAUCAUGUGGACCAUCCUCUUCUCUGCCGCCCUCGUCAUGGAAGGCUAUGACACGAUGCUGCUCGGUAACUUCUUCGCCCAGCCCACAUUUGCAAGGACCUUCGGUACCUGCAACGCCGCUGGAGACUGCGAGAUCCCUGCCCCCUGGCAGACGGGCCUCUCCAACGGUGCACUCGUGGGCGAGAUCAUCGGUCUUCAGAUCGUCGGAUGGGUCUCGGAGAUCUUCGGAUACAAGCGCACCAUGCUUUUCUCCCUCAUCGCCAUGACGGCCUUCGUCUUCAUCCCCUUCUUCGCCUCAAGCCUGGCUGUGCUCCUCGUCGGUCAAGUCCUCCAAGGUAUCCCAUGGGGAGUAUUCCAAACGCUCACGACGACGUACGCCGCCGACAUUGCUCCUCUCCAGCUUCGCGGGGUACUUACUACAUACAACAAUCUUUGCUGGGUCAUAAGUCAACUGAUCGCUCAGGGCGUACUCAGAGGCUGCCUGUCGCGCACGGACAAAUGGGCUUACAAGAUCCCGUACGCCUUGCAAUGGGUUUGGAUCCCAGGAAUUCUGGUAGCAUGCCUCUUUGCCCCUGAAUCGCCUUGGUUCCUUGUUCGCAAGGGACGCAAGGAGGAGGCAGAGAAGUCGCUGCGUCGCCUCUCUUCGCGUUCUCGCGGUCUCACUUCCGAGCGCGCCGCCGCCAAGAUUAACGAGAUGGUGCUCACUGCCGAGCUCGAGAAGCAAACCGAGUCAGGCGCCACCUACCUGGACUGCUUUAAGGGCACCAAUCUUCGCCGUACCGAGAUUGGCAUCAUGGUUUACCUCACCCAGGUCUUCUGCGGCGCACCUCUUAUGGGCUACUCGACCUACUUCUUCAAGCAGGCUGGCAUGAGCACCGAGAACGCCUUUAACAUGUCCAUCGGCCUCUUCGCCGUCGGUUUCGUCGGUACGGUCAGCUCUUGGUUCGUCAUGCAGAAGGUCAACCGCCGUAACCUCUUCCUCUGGGGCCAGUACGCCAUGUGCGCCAUCCUCAUCAUCGUCGGAGCCAUCGCUGCUGGCGCUGGUGAGCAGGCCGGCGCCGCUUGGGGCAUUGGUGCUCUCCUCCUCGCCUUCACCUUCGUCUACGACGUCUCUGUUGGUCCUGCCACCUACGCCCUCGUGGCUGAGAUCCCCGCGUCGCAGGUGCGAAGCAAGUCUGUUGCUCUCUCGCGCAACUUCUACAACAUCGGCGGUCUCAUUGCCAACACCAUCCAGCCUCGCAUGCUCAACCCUACGAGCAACAUCUACAUCGGCGCUCGCUCUGGUUUCGUCUGGGCCGGCCCUUGCGCUCUCUUUGCCCUCUGGACCUUCUUCCGCCUGCCUGACCCCACUGGAAGGACGUACCUCGAGCUCGACGCCCUCUUCGAGGCCAAGGUGCCUGCACGCAAGUUCCGCAGCACCCGCCUGGAGCUCUUUGGCUCGAACCAGGCCAGCCUCAUGCCCCGAGGCAACUCGCAGGACGAGAAGGCCUCGACCGACGAGAAGAGCUCCGGUGUCGAGCACUCGACUCUUGGCUACCAGGGAGCAUGAAGCGCGCACAGCAUCAAUACCCUCCAGCACACGAGGUGAUCAACGGCAGGCGCCGCUCCACACUUUGCCUGCUCUGCUGUCGCGUCUCUCUCUCCUUUCUCUCACGAAUGUCACCUCUCAUUGCCGCAACGAUCGUUUCAAAAAUACGAAUGUCACCUCAUUGCAUCCUCUGA